AACAGAGCACCCAAAAUUUAGAUCUAUUGACUAUAGAUAAACAUUUUUUCUUAUGUAUUUGUGUGUGAGCCUUCUUUAUAUUUCAGAGUGGUCGCAUCAUGCGAAAUACCCAAUGGGAGAGCUGGCUAGAGGAGAUAGUGACCACGAGGCAGAGCAUCCUCUGUUCCCUCGCAUCACGGGGUGCCGGCUUCGAUGGCUCAGCGUCAUCACCUCAAGAACUGACACACGGCGCUUCUGCGGUGGCUGGCGGCUAGGGCAGAGGCGUUGUCGAGGAAACAGAUGAACGCCGUAGCACAAGCAAGGAGCCACCCAUGACUUCUACAAAUAUCUGUGUGCGGAUGCCUAAUUUUGUAAUACCUGAGAGCUUCCUCACCAUCUGCUAUUACUGCCUCCUUUGGAAAAAUCUCCAGUCAAACAAGCAAGCAAGAGUAUCACAAUGUGUAUUCUCUCUUUUUGUUCCCAGAUUUUUUUUCUUCUGCGGAGCAGCUUUAUUUUAUAUACACUGAUGCAAUACUUUUUGCAGGAUAUUGAAAAUUUACAAAGAUGCCAAGCAGAUUGCUAAAUUUGCUCAAGCAGCCUGGCAGCGGAUACAAAGAAGGUGAGUUCACUGUAAGUAAUCCUACAGAUCUUUUGAUUCUCUUUUUUGUUUGUGAUCCUGCUAUAUGUAUAGUAAACUGAUUAUGAUUUUUCUUUGGGUUGAAGGAAACUGUGGAAUCCCCAGAACUAAAAAAAUGAUAGACUAAAACAGCUCAAAAGUUAUAUACAAACAAAAGAAUGCAUCAGGGAAUAGGAUUCUUCUCAAUUCCUUUAUUUUUCUGAGGGAGUUCACAUUCUUUUCUUCUCCCUGGUUCCUUUUCUUUUCCCUUUACAGGGAGAAAGAUAGGAGAUUCUUUUCUUGAGCCUUGCCAGCUGGUAAAGCUAAAGCUAACGUGUGCUGUGCUGUGCGUAUUAUCACAACUAAGCAAGGUAGAUAAUCCCUUUCCAUCUUGGUGGAGCAUGGGUCGAUCAUACAUAUAACCAUGCAUGAGUUGGUAACUGCAUGCGUCAUUUCUGGUGCUCGGCUGUGUUCACACCUCAUCCAAUUGGCAUACAACUUGAGAGAGAAAAGUUAGGGUGAAGACGAACAACAUGGCGCAUGUAGCCGGUUUGCUUGCCUCGGCUGUGGUUUCAGCGGUGGGCAAUAAGCUGGGUUCUGCCAUUGGGGAUGAGGUCACGAUGCUGUGCAGCUUCAAGGACGACCUCCAGGACAUGAAGGACACACUGGAGUACAUGGAGGCGGCGCUCAAGGAUGCUGAGAGGCGGUCUGUCACGUAGGAGUUGGUGCGGGUGUGGCUCAACCGGCUCAAGCACGCUGCCUACGACAUCUCUUACAUGCUCGACGAGUUCAAAGCUAAUAGUGAACCAGCCUCCAGAAAGCUGGACUGUUUUGCUAUUGCACCCAAGAUUGCCAUGGCUUAUAAGAUGAAGAAAAUGAGAGGCCAGCUGAGGAAGAUCAAAGAGGAUCACGAGAGUUUCAAAUUCACACAUGACAACUCCGGCCUAAUUGAUGUGCACCAACUUCCCGAUCCACGGGAAACAACAUCAAAUGUGAUUGAAUCACUCAUCAUAGGAAGAGACAAAGACAGGAUGAAUGUCCUUUCUUUGUUAUCCACAAGCAAUAACAACAAAGAACAUAUAACCGUUCUUCCUAUCUGUGGGCUUGGAGGCAUAGGAAAAUCAACUUUGGCACAACUGGUUUUCAAUGAUACUCAAUUCAAAGAUUAUAAUCAUCGGGUUUGGGUUUAUGUAUCCCAGGUGUUUGAUUUGAAAAAAAUAGGGAACUCCAUAAUUUCUCAAGUACUCGGGAAAGGAAGCCAAAAUCUAGAUACAAGGGAGUUGAUAGACCAACGCCUUAAAGAUCUACUUCAAGAUAAGAAGACUUUAAUUGUUUUAGAUGACAUAUGGGAGACAGAUAACUUCCAACUGGAUCAACUCAAGCUUAUGUUGAAUGUAGGCUCCAAGUUGAAAGUCUUGGUCACAACACGCAGCAAAGACAUUGCAAGAAAAAUGUGUACUGUUGGUGUUCAACCAUACUUGCUAGAUCCCUUGGACAACGACAUGUGCUGGAGAAUAAUCAAGCAAAAUAGUGGUUUUGAAUCUAGGGUUGAUAAAGGCCAAGCUGAACCAGUUGGACAGAUAAUUGCAAGGAAAUGUGGAGGUUUGCCAUUAGCAGCUCAAGCACUUGGAUUCUUGCUAUCUGGAAUGGAUCUUAGUGACUGGAAAGCUAUGUGCAAUAAUGAUAUUUGGGAUGAACCAUUUUCUGAUAGUACAGUGUUACCAUCCUUGAAGUUAACUUACAAUACUUUGACACCAUAUUUGAGGUUAUGCUUUGCCUAUUGUGGCAUCUUUCCUAAAGGUCACAAUAUAAAUAAAGAUGAUCUUAUCCAUCAAUGGAUUGCCCUUGGUUUCAUCGAGCCAUCUAAUAACUUUUCGGCCAUACAACUUGCCGAGAAGUAUAUUAGGCAAUUCAUGGGGAUGUCUUUCCUUCAGCAUUCAAAACUGCGCACAGAAUUGCCUAAGAUAAUUCCAAAAACAAUCUUCACCAUGCAUGAUCUGGUGCAUGAUCUCGCAAGAUCAAUCAUUACUGAAGAGUUGGUUGUCUUUGAUGCUAAAAGAGCGAGCAGUACUAGAAGAAAAGAAUAUUGUUGUUAUGCGUCUCUUACAAAUUACAAUACUACAGAUUACAACAAGGCAAGGAAGAUGUCAACUAUUUUUCCCUCCAAGUUAAGGGCGAUGCAUUUUUUCAAUUCUGAAAUCCAUGGUGGUGUAUUUUCAUUUCCAAAGUGCUUGCGUGUCUUGGAUCUAUCUGGAUGCUCCAUCACAGAGUUUCCAAGUGCUCUAGGACAAGUGAAGCAAUUGGAGGUUCUUAUUGCUCCAAAUCUCGAAGAUCGGCAAUUUCCCGAGAGUAUCACUCAGUUCUCAAAAUUACAUUACCUGAACCUCAGUGGAUCAGAUAAAAUUUCUGCAAUACCAAGCUCGAUUGGCAAACUUGAGAGUCUAGCGUAUCUUGACUUAUCUUAUUGUACCAGUGUCGAAGUCAUACCAGAGGCUUUUGGAAGCCUAAAAAACCUUCAAACAAUAGACCUCACAUGGUGUGAGAAACUAGAGUCCCUUCCAGAGAGCCUUGGAAGCCUCAAAAACCUUCAAACACUCGACCUCGCACGGUGCAAGAAACUAGAGUCCCUUCCAGAGAGCCUUGGAAGCCUCAAAAACCUUCGAACACUGAACCUCUUAUACUGCUGGCAAUUGAAGUCCCUUCCAGAGAGCCUUGGAAGGCUUGAAAACCUUCAAACACUAGACCUCUCAGAAUGUAUGAAACUAGUGUGCCUUCCAGAGAGCUUUGGAAGCCUCAAAAACCUUCAAACACUAGAUCUCACAUGGUGCUGGAAACUAAAGCCCCUUCCGAAGAGCCUUGGAAGCCUCACAAACCUUCGUUCCCUCGACCUCACACACUGCUGGGUAAUAGAGUCCCUUCCAGAGACUCUUGGAAGCCUAAAAAACCUUCAAACACUGAACCUCAGAGGCUGUAACAAACUAGAGUACCUUCCGGAGAGCCUUGGAAGCCUCAAAAAUCUUCAAACACUCGACAUUGGAGGCUGUAGUAAACUAGAGUACCUUCCAGAGAGCCUUGAAAACCUGGUUGGAAACCUGAAAAUCAUUGGGAGCUGGAAACCUAAAAAUCAUUGGAAGAGGUUAAGGUUAUGGAUGCGAGAGCAUCAAGUCCUUGCCACAGUGUCUACAACAACUCACCAGUCCCCAGAUGGUACAUAAUGUGGACAGUAGCGAACUAAGGCUGUUGUGUGAACCAGGCUUGCCCGCAUCAAAAACAUUGAACUGCAGAAGCAUACAUGCACCGUUAUCAAUCAGCUGAAAUGAUAGGAGUACGUCUUCUCUGGGAAAGCGAAAAAGCUUCAUGGAGCGGUCCAAAGAUGAGGUCUAGCUCUGCACAUGGAAAAGCGUGACGGGGCGCGUAAAUCUUUAGCCAAGGACAGAAGCAGUUGAGCUAACCAAAUAUCAAGACUAUGCUUGCUGUCAAAGGGAGCUAAACUGCAACAUCGGUGGCUAGCUGAUGGCCUGACUAAGAAAGUACAGUGAAGGUGGUUGGAUCGACUCGUGUGAACUCAAUAGAAGAAGGGGGGCCGAAGUGAAAGAAGGCAGCUGGUUGUCAUCAGGAAGAUGAAGCAGAGACGCUUCUCUCUCUUUGUGAACCAGCUGGGGGACCUGCAACAUCUCCGUCAUUGAGGCCGGUAAUGCACACAUCAUCGACAACAAGUUCUUUCGAAGCUCUGCUUCUUCUCGUCUGCUUCGUCAGCUCUGUAACCCCACAGGGAUUGGCUGGGACUACUUCAUUGCUGAAUUCUUGGGUGACAAAAACCCAUUGCCUGUGGACUCCUGAAAAUCUCUGUUGAUAAGUGUUUGAGUUAAUUCCUGUGAAAAGCUGGCACGUGCUUUGUAAGCACAUUAAUUAGUUUUAUUCCUGAUAAGUUUGCUUUGCUCAGCAGUUUGUAGAUCUAUCAUCUUGGUUGCCGGUCAAAAAAAAAACAGCGAAAACUUCAGGGUUCAGUUCCUGGUUUGAAUUUUUGUUGUUGUGAUUAGAUUCAAAAAUUAUGUGACAGUUGUG